GGAGUUUUGCCUGUGCGCUGUGCACUGUGCGCUGUAAAGGGCAGGUUUCGGCAGUUAGUUGGGGGCUGUAAGCAGAGCAUAGACUCGGGUACCCAAGUAUUUAAGCAUUUACCCAAAGCGUUGGGGAAACGGAGUCCAACGGCUGUCACGAAUAAAGUUGCAAUCACCACUGGCCAACUUUAAUCGACCGCUGCUCCGCCACGACUUGGUUACUAAGUCCCCACGGACGUCAUGCAAAAUAAAAUGCGCACAGUAAAAAAAAAGUGUGAGAGAAACGACGAAAGAAGAAAAUGGUAGUAGUUCUGUUGUUGGAUAUUAUUGAUAUAAUAUAACUGUGGUCAAUUUACAGAUCAAAGUAGUCAUUGUGAAUGGUCAGUUUGUCGCAAACACGUUGCAUUGUGCGCUGUCAAUGCAAAACAUACACAGGACGAACCAAAAUUAAACCAAUUAUAAAGCGAGUAAAUAUUCCUUGAGAAAGGCAAGACGUAUUUCCUCGACGGCUCAUUGACCUACGCGUCAUGGCAAUUUCUUGCGCACAGUAUACGAUAUGCAGCUUCUCCAGCGUCUUCUUCUUCUCCUACCCUUGAUAGCAGCGUCUCCAACCAACCUCGCACCACUACUCUUGCACGAUGAGAGCACCGGCGGAUACGUGGUGAAAUUAAAAGAGUCUGCUGCCGCUGUGGCAGACAAUAAUGUUUUACGGCUAAUAUCCGUCGAACCCGAUUAUGUUUACACUCACGUUUUAAAUGGCUUCUCAGCAAAACUCGACGAACGGUCCCUUCACGCUGUUCGCCAGCAUCCAGAUGUAGAAUACGUGGAACAAGUAACCACCGACUAUGCCCUUGGGUUUGAUACGAGCUACGAGAAAUGGAACGAUCAAUCUGGCGCUACCUGGGGUAUUGCUCGUACUUCGAACAAAAAGUCUGGUAUCAAGACGUACAGUUACCACGAGUCGGCCGGCAAAGGGGUCUGUGCCUAUGUAGUCGACACUGGAAUCGAUGAUGCCCACCCUGACUUUGGAGGGCGCGCCAAGCAAAUCAAAAGCUUCAUCAAUGGAUCGGAGAUAGAUGACCAUGGCCAUGGAACGCAUUGCGCAGGCACCGUGGGCAGUAAAACAUGGGGUAUCGCCAAAGAAGUGACUCUUUAUGGAAUCAAGGUGCUCAACUCUGGCGGUCGUGGCGUGGGUGAUGCUGUUGUAAACGGCUACGACUAUGUUGCUGUCGAUGCGCCCAAACGCAAUUGUUCUGGUGUUGUUGUCAAUGUAUCUAUUGGAGGAGAAAAGGCCGCUUUCAAAAACGACGCCGUUGCCGCUCUCGUCAAGAAGGGAUACUUUGUAGCCGUUGCUGCGGGCAAUAACGGCAAAGACGCCAACGACUACUCUCCAUCCAGCGAACCCAGUGUCUGUACUGUGGGAGCGAUCCAGGACGGAGACUCCAAAGCCAGCUUUUCCAACUAUGGCGCUAUUGUUGACAUCCAGGCGCCCGGGAUGUCGAUUGAGUCAACGACGCGAAAGGGUCAAAAUGGGCAAAUGUCAGGAACGUCCAUGGCUUGUCCCCAUGUCGCUGGGCAAGCAGCAGUCUUAAUAUCGCAAGGCCUUGCCAAAGGGCCGGACGCCUGCGACAAGAUCAAAGAGACGGCCCUAAAAGGCGUUGUAAAGGGCCUCCCCAGCGGUACAACCGCCGAUCUACUGUUCAACGGCAACCCCAAAGCAUCCUAGUUAGACAUUAUACAUACUAAGCGACACAGACGCGCUUCUUUAUC